CCAGCUCCUAUUUAUACGUCUCCCUCUCCCUGCCCCACUCAUCAUCUCAUUCUCAUCUCGGCAUCUCACCAACGUUCGAAGCAAAGCAAUCACCUGAGCAAAGCAGGAGCAGAGCAAACGAUCCAGCGGCGUUUUCCAUUCGGCGCGGCAGGCGCAAUGGCGGCGGGGAAGGCGGCGAUGAAGAAGCCGUCGUCGUCGUCGUUCGGGAACCGGGCGUGGCGGCUGCUGCGGCUGGCGGUGCUGUGGGCGCGGAAGGGCGGCGCGGCGCACACGCACAGCCUGCGCCUCCUCCGCACGCUCCGCCGCCACGGCCACGGCUUGGUGGGCGGCGCGCGCGGCGACCGGCUCCGCCACGGGGAGCGCGAGUACUCCAUCGACGAGACGCCGGCGUUCCGGUUCCGCACCCCGUCCGCGCGCGUGCUCCGCCUCAUCCCCUGCAUCGCGCCGGCCGUGCCGGACACCCCGGGCCUCUACGGCGACGACGACCACCGCUACUUCUUCGCCGCCGCCGCCGCACGGGAGAUGGAUGACGAGGAGGGCGCACGAGGUGGGUACUGCUGCUACGGCGGCGACGACCCACGGAGCGCGCGCGACGUCGUCGAGGAGGAGGAGGAGGAGCUGAUGAGCCGCUGCGGCGAUGACGAGCAGCUGCUGGAGCGCGUGGUGGCGGAGGCCUGCCGCGCGAGCACGGGCGCGGCCGGGUCGGUGGUGCCAGGGGACGGCGCCGGCGAGGACGCCGGGGUGGACGUCAAGGCGGAGGAGUUCAUCGCCAGGUUCUACGCGCAGAUGAAGCUGCAGCGCCAGAUCUCGUGGCUGCAGUACAGCGAGAUGAUGGAGAGGAGCAUCAGCUAGAUUUCAUUCAUUCCUUCGUUCAUCCUUGAUUACGACUAGUAGUAGCAGUUCACCUUGAGGAGCUCUGGUUCGUCGAUAGAUAUAUACGCAUACAUGUACAUUUUUGGCUCUAUAUAAAAUUUCGUUUGUUGCUAUCAAAUUACUACUACAUACAUACAUAUAACAUAAUACAAUUUCCUUUUCUUGAA